AUGGCACCGGCGCAGGACACUCAGUUAGAGAAAGUCGUUGAUGAGGUGUUGAAGAGUGGGCAAGUCCAAGCCCUGAAUUUAUUCUUGCAAAGGAACAUUGGUGAGGGGACCACCAUAAAAUGUUCCCAACAGUUUCUCACCAAGUUGGAUAAGCUUGUCAGCAGGUGGUUUGAGAAAUGCAGGCAACUAUGGAUCCAGUGUGGCCCAAAGUGGGAUGAGACCUUGUUCAACCUCUCUGAGGACUUCUUUGAUGCCUUGUUGGUUGUUCAUGAAGCCUGCAAAGAGGGAACACAUCAAAUCACAGAGUCCUUUCUGUAUCCUGUUGGUGAAUUGGCAGUAGACCCCAGAAUCUACAUCCUGAUCCAAAAAGAGGCAAUCCGCAAAUUCAACUUAAUUCUGGACAAGAUCCCUGUGGAGUUUAAGAAAGAGAGGAAGAUCCUUACGUCUCAGGAUGCCUCAGAUAUCAUGACCAAGCUGGCUGGUCAGAUAUUGAAGGGAGGUGAUUACGACCUGCAGACAGCCCUGAUGGAGUCAUUGUGCAGAAUGGCUACUCCUGGCCAGAGGAAGGAGCUGACUAAUCGAUGGUUCAGCAUGGAGCAUGUUGCCAGUGCUUUUGUCAAAAUCCAGGAUUCUGAGUUUGAGACGGAUUGUCGCAAGUUUCUGAACUUGGUGAAUGGGAUGCAGGGAGACAGGAGAAGAGUGUAUUCCUAUCCCUGUUUGGAGGUCUAUUUGGACAAGAAUGAGCUAAUGAUGCCUGCUGAUGAGAAGCUUGAAGAAUUUUGGAUCGACUUCAACCUGGACAGCCACAGCAUUUCCUUCUACUUCUCUUUGGGUGAUGAAGAAGCACAGGAGAGCCAGUGGGAAACAAUAUGUAUCAAUGAGAAUGAAGUCCAAAGCUACACUGUUAAAGAGGAGGGCAAGAGAAAAGUCCUGCAUUUGAAGUUGUCGGAGGUGGUGGUCGUGGGUGCGGUGGAGGGCUCCAGCCUCACCAUCCACUUCAGCUCCUCCCUGGACAUCCUGCAGGCUGCUCGUACGGUUUAUGGACACAGCAAGAGCGCAGGAUUUGUGGGGAAGUCAGGCAUAUCUGUAGUCAACACUACGGUUAAAAUACAAAUGGAAGAUAGCAUCUCCCAGCUUGUGACUCCUACCAGGAGGAGGUUUUCAGAGUCGACCACCUUCAUCUGCAGUGGUGCAGGAGGAAGUGUGCAUGAUGCUAAGUCCCUCUCUGCGGUCCUGUCAUCAAACACUUCCGUCAAGGGUAAAGGGAAGCCGUCUCUGGAGAUGGUUCGUUCGUGUGACAGGAAAGGUGACUCUUACCUCGGAGAGCUCUGGACAACUGCUAAGACCUCCAGUAAUGGCACAACACCUAACAGUACAAUAACAGCAACAGGUGGCAUGACAAAGCAGAGUGAAUCAUCUCAACAGAGCAGAGCUUCCAAACUUUCCAUGAAGAACAAUGUUGGAUUGGAUUUACACAAAAAGAACAUACCACUGGCAAAAGCAGUUGAAAUGGUUCUAGCUGGACAGGGAGAAGAGCAGUCUCUUGAGCCUCGUUCAAGUUUGGCACAGCAGCAGGACCGCCCCUCCUCAGCUCAGAGGUUUUCGGUUUCAGACAAACACAGCCAAAAGCAGCUCCAUAGUGAACUUACCCAGCGCCUGCAGCAGGUCCUCGGGGAGAGUAACCAGGACCCUGCACCACAGGAGCCUGCACAGAGGAAGAUGUCUGAUAUUAAAGACCAUGCCAAAGGCAGACGCACUGCAGACCCGAGUGCUUCAACGCUGUGUGGUCCCAAAGAGCAGCAGGCCCACAAAAAUAGCCUGGCCAAAGGGAAGAGCAAACACCAGAUGUCCUUGCAGGAAGAUGCCGCUCCAGUCAAAGCUCCAGCCAAGGCUCCGAUCAAGGCCUCCACAGCCAAAGCUGUGCAGAAGAGAGAUCCAUCGAAUGUUAAGGAUAAAACCAGUAACGCCCUUUCAAGCAAAGAGAAGAGGGAUGCAGAGGUCACAGGCAGCAUGGUGAAGCUCAUCUCUAGCCGUUAUGAGAUGACCCCCAAAUCUUCAGUAAAAGAAACUGCAGCAACAAUCCCUAAGAGCUGGAUCCCUUCUGUUGUCAACAGGCCUAUCUUCAAUAUGAGCUGGUUAUUGACUGCUAAAGUAAGGGAUCAUUACUUCAUCAAUGGUGAGGAGUUCCAUUAA